GAAGUCUCGAGCUUAUAAGAAGCCUGUCUCUCCCUCGAGUGUUGAAAAGUACACAACAUCAUCCCGUGGUGGUACGUACAGUCCAUUAGUGCUCUGUCAGGUAGAUAAGAUAAAGUUCCAACGGUCAUCCUUCCGUCGAUGACAGGAGUAGCGCAGUAGUUUUCCUUUGCAUACACAUCAGUAUUCAAGUUUGGGAGAAUUCAAUUGAUCUACACGCAGAGCGUAUCCUGCUACUUCUAUCCCUUGUUUUCGACUGGUCUCAUAUUGAUCCGUACGAGCUGAGCUGGUGCUACUUGGCCCCAUUGCAACGUAACCUCAAUUUAUAUCGUUGAGAAUCGAGAGAAUCACGAAACACCAACAUGGCCCCGGCAUACAUUGUCUUCGUCGGUACAUUUGUACAUCUUCCUCGAUCCACGUCAAAGACCCUCGCUAUCCAACAGGGGGCUUUAUGGGUUUCCGCCGCCGAUGGUCGAAUCAAAGGUACCGACUGGACUGUCAUCACUGUGGGUGAUCUGCACGACCUAUUGAAAGAAAAGAGCUGGAUCCCUGAGGAUGCUCCCCGAUAUAAAUCUGGGACGAGAGUAAAGAUCGUCCGGGCGAGGGAAGAAUAUAAUGAAUUCUUCUUUCCUGGGUUCAUUGACACUCACAUUCACGCACCCCAGUACCCCAACAAUGGGCUCUUCGGUUCCACUACUCUUCUUGACUGGCUAAAGCAGUAUACCUUCCCGAUGGAGGCUUCAUUCGGGAGCUCCCUUCCCAACAUCCCGUCCCCCAGGGCAUUUAGGGUCUACAAUCAGGUCGUCUCGCGCACUCUAGCUAACGGCACAACCUUCGCCUCCUACUUCGCUACCAUUCAUGUCUCGGCUACGAACCUGCUGGCAACGCUAUGCCAAAAACGUGGCCAGCGAGCGCUCAUCGGCCGCGUCUGCAUGGACAAUCCGGACUUCUCCGAGCCCUACUAUAUCGACUCCUCAACUGAAGAAUCCGUCGAAUUAAACAAGGAAGUCAUCUCGUACAUCCAGUCCAUCGAUCCGCAAGGAACCAUGAUAAAGCCAAUCAUCACCCCGCGCUUUGCCUUAACAUGCACCCCGAAAGCAAUGCGUGGUCUAGCCGACCUAGCCGCUUCCUAUGAGCCCCCCCUGCACAUUCAGACGCACAUCUCCGAGAACAAACAAGAAAUCCAUGACGUCCACUGCCAAUUCCCAAGUGCCAAGAGCUACGCCGACGUGUACGACACAUAUGGCCUUCUCACACCACGAACUAUCCUCGCCCAUGGCGUCCAUCUAUCGCCCGAUGAGCAAGAUCUUAUCCACAAUCGAGGCGCCAAGGUCUCUCACUGUCCCGCGUCAAACUCCGCCCUGGGAUCCGGCAUCUGUCCCGUUCGCAAGCUCCUUGACAAGGGCAUCACUGUCGGUCUCGGCACGGAUGUCAGCGGCGGGUAUAGUCCCAGUAUCUUAGAAGCCGUUCGACAAGCCUGUCUCGUUUCCCGGUUACUUCGCCAUGUAGAACCGGCCAGCGAAGGCGAUGAAGGAAAGAGACUCGUCCUAAGCGUCGAAGAGGCGUUAUACCUCGCUACACGCGGCGGCGCAGCGGCGGUCAACAUGGAGAAUGAUAUCGGUGGAUUCGACGACGGCAUGCUAUUCGAUGCGCAGCUGAUCCAUUUGGGACGGUUCUUGCCUGCAAGUCGGUAUAGCAGUGGUGAAAGCCAGGUUGAUGUCUUUGGAUGGGAGACAUGGGAAGAGAAGAUCCACAAGUGGGUGUGGAGUGGUAAUGAUCGUAAUGUCAAGGGUGUCUGGGUUGGAGGAAAGCUGGUGCAUGGGGAGGAUGAUGUGGAGUAUGGGUCUCGGUCUAGUUGGUGGACUUGGCUUUUGAGCGCCGGUGUUGUGGGUGUUGGUGCUGUUGUUGCUUUUAGGAGGUUGAGGUUGUAAGAUAUAGAUAGACUCUUUAUCUUUUUAGGUGGCUUUUGGUCAUCCCAGAUUUUACUUGAUAAUAAUAGAGAAUAAUUUGUCUUUAUGAUA